AUGCCAAUGGAUCCCCCUUUAGUUCAACUAUAUUAUUUUGUCCUCAAUCACUUAGCAACGUCACAAUCAACUUCACGCCACUAUCUAUUUCACCAGUCCUCAUUCACUUGGGUACGGACAAUCUCUAAUAUGGCGUUGGAUCAAGAAUACGAGUCCUUAAAAUUAUUAGGUGUGGCCUUGAAAUUAUUAGGUGAGAUUGAGACUGAGCUCGAUCUCCUGAAAGCUCGUCUUGUCCGGAUGACGAAACAAGCCUUGGAAAUAUGUCAGCAGUUGGAAUUCGAAUUUGAAAAGCGGAAGCAGAGGAAUUCUGAUAUGGAAAUGAAGGAACCGGCUGAUCAUGAACUGAGAGACAAAAUUAUGUCAGGGUUGGAAAGCCAACCGGAGAAACCCGAAAACAAAAAUAGAAUCAACAAUGAAUCAAAUUUAGGGCGGAGUGAAGGAUUCGAGAAGAUGCCUGAGGAUCUGGAAAUGCUUUGA